GCAUGUCACUCGAAGUUUGAAGUCAGAUUUUUUGGAGUGAGUUGUUUUCUUACAUGCUGAAAAAUGGCAUGACGAAAUAAAACCUUGAACUUCUUAUUGUGAUCGAACAUUGAAGUUGCAAACAUCUAGUAAAAAUAUUAAUGUGUUUUGUAUUACGAUUUGAGUAUGUAAUAUAGUUUCUUGUGUACAAAACAAGUUGCAUUAUGGAACUCUCCGGUACAGGUACAGGAAAGACAACCAAUACAUCUCUAUCAUUUAGAUAUAAUGCGAACAAUGAGGAACUAGAAGAAUUAUACCAUGUAUGUGAUGAUGAUCCUCCCACUCCUCAAUGUGACCCUCCUAGUGCACAAAGCGAAAAUGCAAGUCCCAAGAAAAGCGACAAGUCCUCCUCUUCAAUUUUAGAUAAGUAUUUUAAGUCUAUGCGAACUGAAAAAGUAGGCGAGAAAUCAGAAGAUGUUAAGAAUUCAGAGACAAAAGGGACUGAUGAAUCAAAGACUGCAACCCCUCAGAAAGAAGUAACAGCAUCUCCUAUGAAAGAGUAUCUUAAUCGCUUGAGCAAGCGCAGCAAUUCGGAAGUGCCACAAGAGAAGGAUAGUAAUGAAACAUGGAAAAUAUUCCAUGAUUUCAAGUUUAAAAUUGCUCAGGCUGUGGAGGACAUGAAAACACGAUCUGUUGAAGAAACAAAGGAAAAAUCAGUUCCAAGAGAGAAUUCAACAUCAGAUUCAGAAGACAACUCUGCUGUAAAAGAUGUGGACCAGCAGAGUGUUGGAGACACAGACAAUCAAGUGUCUUCAUUGGGUAGCAGUAUCCAGAAUUUGUCAGAAAUGACGCAGCCGCUCACGGCUAAAGCCACGGAACGUGAGGCGAGUCUUCCCACUGAUAACAAGAACUCAGAUUCCAGUGACGAUACACACAAAAAUUUAGCACACAGUGACUCAGCUGAUAUGUCUAAGGAUUUUUUGAAUGACAGUAACAUGUUGGAAGUGGAGUCUGGUGUAGAAGCGUUAGAAGACACAUUGGACGGCUAUACGAAUUCACACGUAGAAUCAGAUAACCCAAAUAUUCACCAACAUGUUGACAAAAAUCCGCCAUCAUUACCUUCCAGGGACUCUCCAACUAAUUUCGGAUUACCCCCGAGCAAAAGCAACUUAAAAACUAUGCAAACACCUGAACAGAAGACUUAUUUUUUCAAUUUUUCUAUGUAUUUCUUAACGUUUUUAUUGUUCGUAAACUUCAUUCUAUUCCCUAAAUGGAAUAUUUGGAAUGGUUUCCUAUUGGGGCUGUGGUUCUUUAGUUUUUCAAGUAACUUUAAGCAGUGGCUGAUGGAUACCUACUUUAGUGAUGACCCCAAGAGCAGCUUCUUCCAGUUGAAGCGCAGUAGUAUGACUCCUGUUACAUAUACAAUACCAUCAGUCAAAGAACAUACACCUUUAAAGAAAUAUGAGGGCUGGAUCAAUCAUUAUAGAUUUCCAGACUAUGAUCCUUAUACCUACACUAUAACCAAAACGACUUCAGCGUUUAUGAAACUAGAAGGUUGUAACUUGAGGUUGUCCUAUACGACGACGAAGGUGCCAAAGAAAGCGCUAUGGGACGAGAAGAUAGAAAAUGUUAUAUUUUAUCAACACAGGCUGUACAAUUUGACUGGAGCUAGGGUUAUAUUGUUGCCAAAAGGACUCGUAAGGAGAAGACAAUGGAGUAAAAAAUACCCUAUCUGCAUAAUACUAAGCGAGAGUGAGAAGAUUCAAGUAUUGGAGAAAGAAAAUGGUUUAGGCGAUAAGAGGAAUUCCGAACAAGUCACGGACAAGAAUAGUAAGGAACAGCCGCACGAGAUGGAGACAGCAGAGACGAAUACCAGCCCGGAGAAGAAGAGGAAGUUUAUUUGGAGGAGGAGGGAGAAAAGUAUAACGCAUACCGAUAGUGAAACAGGUAAAGAAGGGCUUCGUCACAGAUUCGUUAGAAAAAUACAUAGAGAUAAGAAACCAGACAACGUACCCACAACUACUGAACCUGUUGAGAGUCAAACGCAAGUCACGCAGUCAGAAAAACCUGAGGAGCCUUUCCAUGACGCAGAAGCCGAUUUAUCCACAAAAUCUGUUACUAGCACCAAAGAAGAGGAUGAAGAGUUGGAUGAAAGCGAGCUGUCCAGGAUAAAGGAAUGCCUGGAAGAAGCAGUGAGUAAAAAGUCCUGCAUGGUAGCGAAGAAAGAGGCUGAAACGGGUCCCGAGGGAAUGGCGGAAGGCGAAUGGAGCGUGCACGUCAAACAAUCCAGAGACAAACAUUCGCAUUUGUAUCUAUUCACCCGAACAGGCAGAGACAAGAUUGAAUGGUUCCGUCGUCUAUCCACGGCGAUAUCGGAAGCGAACGCGUCUGCCGACAUAUCCUCGGCCGAGGAGAAGUCCGCCAGCGAGCCCGCGGACAAGGACGCCUCAGAGCAGGUGGUCUACAAGGUCACUGACGCCAGCUCCAUCUCCUUCACUAAGCCGAAUAAGAGCAACGAAUCAGUAUUAGAGGGCGUACCGUUAUCGGCGUCUCCCACUCCUACGCCCUUUGACAUGGAUAAGUGUGAGAAGAAUUUCUGGCCGUAUAUCUUGAAAAUUAUACAGAGUAAAAGCCAAUCGCCGACGUGCGAAUGCCGCAUGCUUCCCGCCGAGGUGUCGUGGGUGAACACGGUGCUCGCGAGGCUCAUGUACGACGUCAUGUCCGACUCGGUUACCAUCGCCCGGCUGCAGAACAGGAUACAGAGGAAGUUGAACACACUCAAGCUGCCCUCGUUCAUGUCCCCGCUGUGCGUCCGCGAGGUGUCGCUGCGCGGCGCGUGCCCCGUGCUGGCGCGCGUGUGGCCGCCGCAGGCCGACGCGCGCGGCGUGUGGAUCGACGCCGACCUGCGCUACGACGGCGGCGCGCACAUCGCGCUGCUCACGCAGAUCAACCUGCUGCAGCUGAAGGAGAAGAAUGUGACAUUAGAAGAUCAUAUACUAGGAGCGACAGAAGAGUACUUGGAGAACGAGGUGCCUUCGAGUAGCAUGUUUGGUGAAUCACAACGACGGCGAAAGCCUGCGGUGUACGACUCGGACGUGGAGGACUCGGCCGAGUCCAGCAGCGACGACGACUGCGCGCCCGUGCAGCCCGUCGACAGCGCCGACAACUUCGCGCUCGCCGAAUCCGCGCCGAAUUUAUCUGAAGGAGGUUCUUCAAAGAAGAAAUUCUUGAGGAUGGUCGAUAAAAUUGCUACAAAUAAAUAUUUUCAACAGGUUACAGACUACAAGUACGUGAAACGAGCCAUGGAAGGUCUCUCGAACACGGAUAUAAAAUUACAAGUGGAAGUGCAGGCGCUGGAGGGCCGCCUCACGCUCAACCUGCCGCCGCCGCCGCACGACCGCCUGUGGAUCGGAUUCCGUUCCAACCCCCAGUUGGUACUGAAAGCGCGGCCGGCAGUAGGCGCGAGGGCGUUGCGUUUCGCUCACAUCUCCAACUGGAUCGAGCAGAAACUAAGCAAGGAGUUCGAGAAGAUUCUAGUGCUUCCCAACAUGGAAGACAUUGUCGUGGACGUCUUGACCCCCACUCCUGUCGAGUACGAGUGAAGGUUGUUAAUCGCAAACAACUAUUUGAACACCACAUGAUCCAUUAAAUUUGCAGUUUGCUGAAUCAGAUUGUUUCAGCAAACAGAGUAAACUGGGCGUAUGGUACAUAACACACGUUAGAUAUUUUGAAUGCUACCUACGUAUUUAUAAACGUUGACAAGGCAUAUGUUUUAGCUUCCCUCUCACUGACAUAAGGUUAACCUAAGAGAUGAAAGAGUGGGAAGAUAAGAAAUAGCCGCGCUCAGUUCACGAAAAUCAAACCGGUGAUAGUCGCUGAAUAGCGCGUGUGACAAAAAUUAGACAAACAGUUUUGAUUUUUAUCACAAGUUUUGUCACAAUGAAAUGGUACAUGUUCUGCCUUUUUUAACCAGACAAUUUAGUGGUGCCAUCUUGUGAGAAAUUUAGAAAAACUUAUUGCUUGUGGGUAAUGGGCUUAUAACCAAGCUGAGUGCGGAUAGUUUUUUAUAUUUAAAUUCAAAAUUUUGCGUUUACAUGGCAUCAGGUAAUGUUACGGCUUUUAGUGUUGAUACAUGCGUUUAAAGAUCAAUAAUGAAAUAAAUUUGUGGAAGGCAUUUAAAAUUUGCUAUAUUGAAGUGCAAUAAAAGCUGAAAUGUAGGUGCAAACAUUCUUGUGUCUAAAAUAAUUUUAUUAUGAAAUUUUAUGCAUUUUUAUUUUUAACUAGGUUUUUUGGCUCGGGAAGUUUCUCCGAUUUAAUGAUUUAUUCAUUAAGGCUUCCUCAUGGGAGCCUUCUCUAUGGGAGCUUCCUAUGGGCUCAUGGCAUUACACUGGAUGUUUUAUUGAAUUAGUACAAAAUUAAAUUUUGUUAAAGAAUAACCUUUUCAUGUAGAAUAAUUAUGCUCCACGCUGUCCACCAUCAUAUUUUAGCUGAUUAUAUAUAUUUUUUUAAUAACAAAUAUAAUCUAACUAAUAUUAUAAAGCUGGAGAGUUUGUUUGUGUGAACGCGCUAAUCUCGGGAACUUCUGGUUCGAAUUGAAAAAUUCUUUUUUUGUUGAAUAGACCAUUUAUCGAGGAAGGCUUUAGGCUAUAUAACAUCACGCUGCAACUUUUAGGAGCGAAGAAAUAAUGGAAAAUGUGAAAAAAACAGGGAAAAUAAUUCAUCCUUGAGGGUAAAAAUAAUGCCCAAAAUAUCUAUUCCACGCGGACGAAGUCGCGUGCACUGCUAGUAAAUAAUAAAACUACACUACACAAGAAGUUUUGAUAUUUAUUUAUUAUUAUUUUGUUAGAUUAUGCGAGUUUUUAAGUCUGAGGUUUGUAAAUUUCCCUGUAAAUUUUAAAAUAAAUCUUGCCCCUGAUUGGGUUAUUAAUGACAUAAUUCGAAUAAUAAUAUAUAUGUCACAUAAUUUAUAAAGUUCGACUGUACCCAGGAGUCUGAAAACGUUUAAAACACUGAUGUAUAAAAUUAUUUAGUCUUAAAUUGAAUCUAUUGUGUGUUGUUGUUAUAAUAAAUGUUUAUUAUCUUGGCAUUGUCAAAGCCUAGUGACAAAUUUAAUGUGAGCAUUUACCAACGACUAAUUAUUUGCUGAUUUUUUUUAAAUACCCAACAUUUCGAACAUAGGUAAUAAAAUUCUUAUUUUUCAAUUUCAAUCAACUUUGUCCGUGCAUUAAUAUAAUUAGUUACUAGCAUUAAAUUAUUUUGUGCUUUUUAUUAUAUAACAUUUAAAUUAAUUAUUUAAUUACUUUCUAAGAUAAAUGAAAUAGGCGUGUGUUGUUUUAAUAGUAUGAAUUUACAUUUUAGGUAGACAUCAUCUGACAUUGUGAUGUCUUUUAAACUUUUAGGUUCAUUACCCAUUAUAAUGUGUUUAUGAAAAAAUAUAAAACGCCUGCAAUUUACCUUGGUUAAAUUCUAAAAUCACAUUUUGUCAAUGUUUUAUAGGCCUACAUCUGGUUACGAGCUUCCUACCAUUAGUAAUAAAUGUUUUGACAAUAAUUUCAUCAUUAACUGUUACGACUAAUCCAAUAUCAAAUUUUAUGAAAAAAAAUCAAUACAAAAUUUUAGGUAGAUCUAUCGAAAUGUUAUAUUUUUAUCUUCGUUUCUAUUGUGGUUAAAAAAUAUUCAUAUUUUUGUAGAAACUCAGACUUGACCUUAGAUAUACACACUACUUUAUCGUCCUUCAUUCAACUUUUUCAAAAUUAUGUACAAAAUAUUAACAACAACAAUAUGUUGUUGCCAUCGCACAAUUACAACGUACAUGACAUAGUAUUGUUUCAUCUGUUAAAAUAAGUGUAGCAUUUAGGAUAUUCACCACGUUAAGCAUAUACCUUAUGUGAUAAGUAUUUAUUUAGAUAUUAAUGCCGAGUUGCAGAACAGUAGUAUCCACUACUUCAUGAAAACAGGACACCGAUCUGUCACAUGCGUCAUACAUUCAUACAAACAAGAAGAAACACUAGAAAUUAUGCUUUCCUGUGACUUGGUGUUUAGACAUUGUGUUUGCUAGUACAAAUUAAUCGAUUAUUUCUUUUUUUUCAGUUUUCAUAGAUUUUUGGCCAAAUAUUGAUAAGACAAUGUUUCGAUACUUUGAUUAUUAUGCUGAUGAUGUGAUGUUCUAACUGGCUGGUUUGUUAUUGCAGUAAAUAAAGGCUGAGGCGCGAUAUUUGCUCAUUGAAUUUUUGUCUUGGUAUCUCGGGAAAUUGGUAUGUGCUAAAUAUUGAUAAGGGAGCGUGUUUAAGGGUAGGUAUCUAAUAAAAGAAAGUUUAGAACCUUAAAGAACAGUUGAAAUACGUUUGUAUUUUUGAAUUGUAUUGCUGUUUAUAUACUUCAAAUCUUAUGAGACUAUGUGCUUGUAUUUAUAUCCUUUUGACACGUGUAAAAAUUCACCAUAAUGCCAAAAACUUGUAGUACCUCUCAUAUUUGUUAUUUUUCUUUAUAUUAUUCUGUUCAUAACUAGUAUAAUCUGAAUUCUUAUGAAUAUUUUGGAUCAAUAUUAUAAGGUGGUAUAAACACUAUUUUGCUGUAAUUUAUAAAUUUUGCCAGAAUACUUGCAACAUUUUCGAAUUUCACUUUACGACAUAUCACAAUAAUUGAGUACCUGUUUAUCCUAUUUAUUUUUAAACGUAGCAAUGUUCUACAACUACAUACCUUAAUUUCGAUGGGUUAAAUGGUUAAAUUUGAUGGAAUGCUGAAAAUAUUCUGAUGUAGAAGAUGAUAUUUUUUGUGCUGAUAUAAAUAUUAUUAUUAGAUGUUAACUUCGAAGUUAAUGAGUUUAUUUUAAUUAGUUAUUGGUGAUCAUAAAAGAGCUUUACCGAUUAAAAAAAUUCAAUAAUCACUUGAAUAUUUUUUAAUCAGAUAAAGAUAUCUUUUAAGAUUCACUGAAAAUAAAUUGUAUGUAUAUUUUGUUGAAUGUCUUGUUUAUUGAAGUUCUGUUUUAUUUUAUUAAUAUCGUCUAAAUGAUAUUCCUUUUCUGUUUAUUUUUUUACUGUGAUCUCUUUUCACAAUGUACCAAAAGUGGAGUAAUGUCUUUGUACAUAGUUUAUCAAAUCAUAAAGUGUUUAUGUGAUAUUUAUAUAUAGUUAAGAGUUAAACCGUGCCGAGUAGUUUUUCUAUGUGGUAUCAGUUGUGAUUUUUUUUUAAUAAACAAAUUGCUAUACUA